AAUCUCAUACCCACACCAUGUACGGUUCCGGCCAGCAGACGGGCAUCUCGACGCCCCGCUCCGCAGCCAACCUGCGCCCGCUCAUCCUCUCGCACGGCUCGCUCGAGUACACGCUCCUGAUUCCCACGGCGCUGCACUUCAAUGCACAGCAGCUGAGGGAUACAUUCAAGACCACGCUCCCCGAGCCCACCGACGAGCUUGCCCAAGACGAUGAGCCCUCCUCGGUUGCCGAGCUGGUGGCCCGGUACCUGGGCUUUGUGGCCAACGAGGUAGAGGAGGGCGAGGACCCCGACUCCUUCGAGGAGGUGCUCAAGCUCGUCCUCACCGAGUUCGAGCGUGCCUUCCUGCGGGGCAACGAGGUGCAUGCGCUGGCUGCAUCGCUGCCUGGCAUCACCGAGAAGAAGCUGGUGACGGUGCGGUCAUACUACGCUGCUCGCGCGGCGGUAGACAGGCCCAUCAAGCACCACGAGUCGGCUCUCUUCCGGGAAGCCUCCGACGAGAACGCCUUCCUAUAUGCUGUUCUGGGCGGACAGGGAAACAUCGAGGAGUACUUUGAUGAACUCCGCGAAAUCUACAACACGUACCCCUCGUUCGUCGAGGACUUCAUUGCCGCCGAGGCCCAACACCUUCUGCAGCUGUCGCGAGACCCGCGCGCCGAGAAGCUCUACUCCAAGGGUCUCGAUGUAAUGCGAUGGCUCAACAACCGGGACUCGCAGCCCGAUACCGACUACCUGGUUUCGGCGCCCGUCAGUUUGCCCUUGAUUGGGUUGACUCAGCUCGCACACUACGUUGUCACCUGCAGAGUCCUCGGCAGCCACCCGGGCCAUGUGCGAAGCCGCCUGUCCGGUGUCACUGGCCACUCGCAAGGUGUUGUCACAGCGGCCGCCAUUGCUGAAGCCAAGAACUGGGAGACCUUCCAGCGGGCCGCCAAGAAGGCCAUUGAGAUCCUCUUCUGGAUCGGCACACGAAGUCAGCAAGCCUUCCCCAGGACAUCGCUCGCCCCGACAGUGCUACAGGACUCAAUUGACCAUGGCGAGGGCACACCAACGCCUAUGCUGUCGAUUCGUGAUCUGUCGAGAAAAGCAGUGCAGGAGCACAUUGACGCGACCAACGCCCAUCUGCCCGAAGACCGACACAUUGCCAUUUCUCUUGUCAACAGCGCACGCAACUUUGUUGUUACAGGUCCACCCAUCUCCCUGUACGGUCUCAACCUUCGUCUGCGCAAAGACAAGGCUCCUACCGGUCUGGACCAGACCAGGAUUCCCUUUACAGAGCGCAAGGUACGCUUUGUCAACCGAUUCCUGCCCAUCACGGCUCCAUUCCACAGCCCUUACCUCGCCGAUGCGACCAAGCAACUCGAAGAGGACCUCAAGGCCAUCAAGAUCUCCACUGCCGAUCUUGGCAUUCCCAUGUACGAUACCCAUACCGGCCAAGACAUCCGCGAGACGGAGACAGAAAACAUUGUCCCCAGGCUCGUGAGCAUGAUCACUGCCGACUCGGUAGAGUGGGAGAAGGCGACCGUGUUCCCCAAGGCAACUCAUAUCCUCGACUUUGGCCCUGGUGGCAUCUCUGGUCUUGGUGUUCUUACGAACCGCAACAAGGACGGAACUGGUGUCCGCGUCAUCCUUGCCGGUGCUAUUGAUGGACAGAACGCCGAAGUUGGGUACAAGCCUGAAAUCUUCGACCGUGACUUCGACCAUGCCGUCAAGUACGCUGUCGACUGGGUCAAGGAACACGGUCCUCGUCUGGUCAAGACGUCCACGGGCCAGACUUAUGUCGACACCAAGAUGAGCCGCGUACUGGGCUUGCCUCCAGUCAUGGUAGCUGGUAUGACUCCCUGCACAGUUCCAUGGGACUUUGUGGCGGCUACCAUGAACGCCGGUUACGAGAUCGAACUUGCUGGCGGUGGUUACUACAAUGAGAAGACCAUGACUGCUGCCAUUUCCAAGGUCGAGAAGGCCAUUCCUGCUGGCAGGGGUAUCACCAUCAACUUGAUCUAUGUCAACCCACGAGCCAUGGGCUGGCAGAUUCCCCUUUUGGCCAAGCUGCGAGCCGAUGGCGUGCCCAUUGAAGGUCUUACCAUCGGUGCUGGUGUACCCUCAAUCGAAGUCGCUAACGAGUACAUUGAGACUCUGGGGAUCAAGCACAUUGCUUUCAAGCCAGGUUCGGUCGAGGCCAUCCAGCAGACAAUCAACAUUGCCAAGGCGAACCCCACUUUCCCUGUCCUUCUGCAGUGGACUGGUGGUCGUGGUGGCGGUCACCACUCAUUCGAAGACUUCCAUCAGCCCAUUCUGCAAAUGUACAGCCGUCUGCGAAAGUGCGAAAACCUCAUCCUUGUUGCCGGUUCUGGCUUCGGUGGCGCAGAAGACACUUACCCAUACCUCACCGGAUCAUGGUCCACCAAGUUUGGUUACCCGCCCAUGCCUUUCGACGGUUGCUUGUUCGGUAGCCGUGUCAUGACUGCCAAGGAGGCGCAUACUUCGAAGAUGGCUAAGCAGGCCAUUGUGGAUGCCCCAGGUCUUGAAGACAGCGAGUGGGAGAAGACGUACAAGGGCCCCGCUGGUGGUGUCAUUACUGUUCGCUCGGAAAUGGGCGAGCCAAUCCACAAGCUCGCUACUCGUGGUGUCAUCUUCUGGCAUGAGAUGGACCAGAAGAUCUUCAGUCUUGACAAGGCCAAGCGCGUGCCUGAACUUAAGAAGAUGCGCGAGUACAUCAUUGACAAGCUGAACAAGGAUUUCCAGAAGGUCUGGUUCGGCAAGAACAAGAAGGGCAUGUCAGUUGAUCUCGAAGACAUGACGUACGCCGAGGUCGUCCAACGCAUGGUAGACUUGAUGUACGUCAAGCACCAGUCCCGCUGGAUUGACCCGAGCUUGAAGCGCUUGACUGGCGACUUUAUCCGCCGACUAGAGGAGCGCUUCAGCAAGACCAGCAGCGAGUCAUUGAUCCAAAACUAUGAAGAGCUCAACGACCCCUUCCCCAUGCUUGAGAAGGUCUUCAAGGCCUAUCCCGAGGCCGAUGAGCAGCUCAUCAACGCCCAAGAUGUGCAGCACUUCCUGUUGCUCUGCCAGCGUCGUGGACAGAAGCCUGUCCCCUUCGUUCCUGUCCUAGACGACACCUUUGAAUUCUUCUUCAAGAAGGAUUCGCUGUGGCAAUCCGAGGAUCUCGAUGCUGUUGUUGAUCAGGACGUUGGCAGGACAUGUAUCCUCCAAGGCCCUAUGGCCGUCAAGUACUCCACAAAGGUCGACGAGCCGAUCAAGGAAAUCCUUGACGGUGUUCAUGAGGGCCACAUCAAGUACCUUCUCCGCGACAUUUACGGAGAUGACGAGUCCAAGGUCCCCAUUAUCGAGUACUUUGGUAGCAAGCUGCUUGCGCCUCCCCAAGGUCUGGAAGUUGAUGGUCUUACCAUUUCAGAGCUCGAGACCAAGGUCAUGUACCGCCUCUCUGCUGCUCCCAAUGCCACCAUGCCUGAUGUUCACUCAUGGCUGCAACUCCUAGCUGGCACCAGCUACUCAUGGAGGCACGCUUUCUUCACUGCGGACAUUUUUGUACAAGGUCAGCGUUUCCAGACCAACCCAACUGCACGAAUUUUCGCUCCAACUCCCGGUAUGCUGGUCGAGAUUCAGAACCCCAAGGAGCCCGCCAAGACUGCCAUUAUCGUCAAGGAGGUGCAUACCGGCGGCAAGCUGAUCAAGACUGUCGAGGUCAGCCUCACAGACAACAACGAGAUUUUGCUCAACCUCUACGAGGAGCGUACUGCCCUCAAGCAACCUGUUGCGCUGCCAUUCCGCUUCACUUACCGCCCUGACGUGGGCUACGCGCCCAUUCACGAGGUUAUGGAUGCCCGCAAUGACCGCAUCAAGGAGUUCUACUACAAGAUCUGGUUCGGUGAUGAAGCCUGCCCAUUCGAUGCUUCCGUCACUUCACGCUUCGAUGGUGGCCGUGCCACAGUGACAAGCGAGGCCAUCAACGACUUUGUUCACGCAGUUGGCAACACAGGCGAGGCUUUCGUUGACCGACCUGGCAAGGAGGUCUUUGCUCCCAUGGACUUUGCCAUCGUCGUCGGCUGGAAGGCCAUUACUAAGCCCAUCUUCCCCCGCGCGAUUGAUGGUGACUUGCUCAAGCUCGUCCAUCUGUCCAACGGCUUCCGCAUGAUUGCCGGCGCCGAGCCUCUCAAGAAGGGUGAUGUGCUUGACACGACUGCUCAAAUCAACGCCGUCAUCAACCAGGACUCUGGUAAGAUGGUAGAGGUUUGCGGCACCAUUACCCGUGACGGCAAACCAGUGAUGGAGAUCACCAGCCAGUUCCUGUACCGUGGCGCAUACGACGACUUUGAGAACACCUUCCAAAGGAAGGUCGAGAAGCCGAUCCAGCUCAGCCUGGCUACAAGCAAGGAUGUCGCCAUUCUGCGAUCAAAAGAGUGGUUCAACUUUGAGGAGCCCGAGAUCGAUCUGCUGAACAAGACUUUGCUCUUCAAGCUCGAAACUGUUGUUAGGUACAAGAACAAGACGGUCUUCUCAGACAUUGUAACUGAAGGAGAGGUCCUCCUCGAGCUUCCUACCAAGGAGGUCAUUCAAAUUGCUUCGGUCGACUACCGAUCGGGCACUGCGUAUGGCAACCCUGUCAUGGACUACCUGGAGCGCAACGGAGCUGCAGUCGACCAGCCAGUGCUGUUUGAGAACGCCAUCCCGCUGCACGGCAAGACGCCUCUGAACUUGAAGGCGCCAGCCUCCAACGAGAACUACGCUCGCGUCUCUGGCGACUACAACCCCAUCCACGUCUCACGUGUCUUUGCCAGCUACGCCAAUCUCCCUGGCACCAUUACUCACGGCAUGUACUCCAGCGCAGCUGUCCGAAGUCUGGUCGAGACUUGGGCUGCCGAAAAUAACGUUGGCCGUGUCAGGAGCUACCACGUCAACCUUGUCGGCAUGGUUCUUCCAGACGACAUGCUAGACGUCAAGCUCCAGCACGUCGGUAUGGUUUCUGGCCGUAAGAUUAUCAAGAUCGAGGUCAGCAACCAGGAGACUGAAGAUAAGGUCUUGAUUGGUGAGGCUGAGGUUGAACAACCCACUACAUCUUACGUCUUCACCGGUCAAGGUUCUCAAGAGCAAGGCAUGGGUAUGGAGCUUUACAACAGCAGUCCUGUUGCCAAGGAAGUCUGGGAUCGUGCCGACAAGCACUUCAUGGACAACUAUGGCUUUGCUAUCACCAACAUUGUGAAGAACAACCCCAAGGAGCUGACCAUUCACUUUGGUGGUCCUCGCGGCAAGGCCAUCCGCCAGAACUACAUGUCUAUGACAUUCGAGACUGUUGCUGCCGAUGGUACAAUCAAAUCUGAGAAGAUUUUCAAGGAGAUUGACGAGAACACUACCUCGUACACUUACCGGUCACCAGCUGGUCUGCUGUCCGCUACACAGUUUACUCAGCCGGCUCUUACCCUCAUGGAGAAGGCCUCCUUUGAGGAUAUGCGCGCCAAGGGUCUGAUCCAGGUCGAAAGCACGUUUGCUGGACAUUCGCUGGGUGAAUACUCUGCUCUGGCGGCCAUGGCUGAGGUCAUGCCCAUUGAAAGCUUGGUCUCAGUCGUCUUCUACCGUGGUCUUACAAUGCAGGUCGCUGUCGAGCGUGACGAGACUGGCCGCUCCAACUAUUCCAUGUGCGCUGUCAACCCUAGCAGGAUCUCCAAGACAUUCAACGAGCAAGCUCUUCAAUACGUUGUGGAGAACAUUGCUGAAACAACCGGAUGGCUGCUGGAGAUUGUCAACUACAACAUUGCCAACAUGCAGUACGUUGCCGCUGGUGACCUCCGCGCUCUGGACUGCCUCACUGGUGUAACAAACUAUCUCAAGCAACAGAAGAUUGACAUUCAAGCGCUCAUGCAGACACUGUCGCUUGAGGAGGUCAAGAACCAUCUGGUCGAGAUCAUCAAGGGAUGUGCUGAGCAAACUGAGGCCAAGCCUAAGCCUCUUGACCUCCAGCGUGGUUUCGCUACCAUCCCACUCAAGGGCAUCGAUGUGCCCUUCCACUCGACUUUCCUCCGUUCUGGUGUCAAGCCCUUCCGCUCCUUCCUUCUCAAGAAGAUUCACAAGACAUCCAUCGACCCAAGCAAGCUGGUUGGCAAGUACAUUCCCAACGUGACUGCCAAGCCGUUUGCGUUGACCAAGGAGUACUUUGAGGAUGUGUACAAGCUUACCAACUCUCCCAAGAUAGGCAACAUCCUGGCCAACUGGGAGAAGUAUGAGGAGAGUGGAAAGGAGGAGGCCAAGACUGAGGCGGCAGCCUAGAUUAUGUAGUAUGAUUAUACGUCAUGUCAGUUAUGAGAGGAGGAUUGGAUCAUGGCGUUUGAGGGUAGGUGGCUGUACAUGGUUUUUGCCCUAUUUUUGAUAUCCUGGUUUGGGGAGAGGGUUUGAGGAAACUUUUUCUCGCAUAGCUGAUAUUUUGUAAUGCAUUGGUUCAAUUUUGGUUGUUUAACGCUUUGCAGUAGCUUUUUGUUGUUGGGUGGUAAUGAAACGUGCUGUUUGUGAAGUUUUCUUUUGACAAGUCACCGGGGUGUACGUUUAUAAGUUGUCAAGCAAACUCUAAGACAUUUCUUGAAUAGAAAC